AGCAGUCACAGAUCAGGAAAUGUCCUUGAGCCGAAGGACUCUCAAAGCCAGAUCCAGUAGCAAGCAACAGGCCAUGGCGAAGGGAGUUAGGGAAAAAAGGGAUCGACGAGAGCAAAUUAAUUGCAGCAGCAGCAAGAGAGGCAGCUUCCAGGGAUCUAUGCAGGAGGUUCACUCAAAAUCCUGCUCAACUACCAAGAUGUGGCCUCCCAAGUUACAUGUGUUUUUCUUUCUCUGUUGCUGCCUCACACUGGUUCGAACAUUUGACUGGCAAAAUCUAAGUCCGAUUGGCCAUAUUAAAUCAUCAGCCUGGAUAGAUAAAAUAUAUACUCUGGUACCUGCUGCAAACUCUAGUCAAACAAGGAUUCCCAGAGGAAAAGGACCUUACUCUGUUGGUUGUACAGACUUAAUGUUUGAUUAUACUAAUGAGAGCACCUUCUUGCGUUUGUAUUAUCCAUCUAAAGAUGAUAAACAAAAUGAAGCCGUCUGGAUCCCAAACAAAGAAUAUUUUUUCGGUCUUAGUAAGGUUCUUAGAACAAACUGGUUUAUGGGAAAAUUGAUGAAUUUAUUAUUUGGUUCAAUGACAGUUCCUGCAAACUGGAAUUCCCCUAUGAGGACUGGUGAAAAGUAUCCACUAGUUAUUUUUUCUCAUGGUCUUGGAGGAUUUAGGACAAUUUAUUCUGCUAUUGGCAUUGCCCUGUCAUCUUAUGGGUUUAUUGUUGCUUCUGUAGAACACAGAGAUGAAUCCGCAUCUGCUACGUACUAUUUCCAGGAUCAGUUUGCUGCAAAAACAGAGAACAAGACUUGGCUCUAUUUUAAAAUCCCGAAGCAAGCGGAUGAAUUGUUUGAACGAAAUAAACAGGUACGACAGAGAGCCAAGGAAUGCUCCCAAGCUCUCAAUUUUAUUCUUGACAUUGAUCAUGGAAGGCAAGUAAAUAAUGUCUUGGAUCUUCCUUUUGAUAUAAAACAACUGAAGGAUUCUGUCGACAGGAAUAAAAUAGCAGUAAUGGGACAUUCCUUUGGUGGUGCCACAGUUCUUCAAACUCUUAGUGAAGAUCAGAGAUUCCGAUGCGGCAUUGCCCUGGAUGCAUGGAUGUUUCCACUGGGUGAUGAAGUAUAUCCCAGAAUUCCUCAGCCCCUUUUUUAUAUCAACUCUGAAAAGUUUCAAUAUCCUGAAAAUAUUGAAAAAAUGCAACAAACCUACUUACAGGGUAAAGAAAGAAAAAUGAUCACAAUAAGGGGUUCAGUCCAUCAGAAUUUUGCUGAUUUCACUUUUGCAACUAACAAAGUAACCGCGUACAUAUUUUCAUUACAAGGGCAUAUAGAUUCAAAUGUUGCAAUUGAUCUUACCAACAAAGCUUCAUUAGCAUUCUUACAAAAGCAUUUAGGACUAAAGAAAAAUUUUGAUCAGUGGGACAACUUAAUUGAAGGGGAUGAUGAUAAUCUUAUUCCAGGACCAAUAUGAAAGCAAUCAACUACAAAGUGAUUCUUCCUAACUCUCUAGGAUAAAGAAAUCAGAGUAUAGCUUAGAAAAGCUUUUAAAAAGACUUUGUGUAAAGGAACAUUUGUCUUCUUUAAAAAUAUAUGUCUUGCACUUAUAAGACCCUUAUUUCAAUCACCAGUACUACAAAAAUAAAUCAAGUACUGGGAAAAUAGCUUAGUGGCAAUUCAUAUACAUCGUAUACAAGACACUGGAUUUUCUCCCUGAAAUUAAAUAAAUGAAUAACUUGUAUUGUCUGAAAAAAUGUUUAGGUAUUUCUCAAGAAUCUUAAGACCUUAUUUUUCUACUUUGUUGUUUUAUUUACUUAGAACUGCUAUCUAAAAUACUACACAAAUAAAACUUCAAACAC